GGGCAGAUGCCAAGUCAGGAAGCAGGGCCGGGGGUGCUGCGCGGGUGGCACCGUCGGGCCGCGCUGCCCGGUGGAGUCGUCCCCACAGCCCUCCCCAGACCCCCCCACGCGUCCCUCACCCCCGCCCCGGCCAGACAGCCCCGGCCCCGCGCCACGGAGGCGCCGCCGCGACCCGGCACCGAGCCGGGGCAGCGGGGAGGUGUGGAGGGGCCCAAGGGCUACAGGGAGCGCGGAGAGGGCGCGGCCGAGCAGGGACAUGGGCUCCCUCCAGCCGGCCGUCCAGGGGGCGGAGGGGAGGGGCCCGCCACGGCCUUAUUUCCGCGAGCGCGGGCGCCGCCCGCUCCGAGCCCGGGUCCAUCGAGCGCCGCGCCAGCCCGUCCGCGUCCAUGCAGCCCCACCGGCAACCGCCGCCCGCGCCCCAGCCAGGCGCCCGGCUGCUCGCGCUGCUGCUGCUGCUCGUCCUCCAGGCGGCGGCGGCGCCCGCUGCGUCCGGGGGCCCCGAGGACCCCAGGCAGCCGCUGGACGCGGGGCCCUCGCGCGGGCUCCUGCAGCGGGCGGCGCGCGCGGCGCUGCACUUCCUCAACUUCCGCAGCGGCUCGCCCAGCGCCCUGCGAGUGCUGGCCGCCGUGCAGGAGGGCCGCGCGCGGAUUAAUCCAAAAGAGGGAUGCAAAGUUGACCUGGUGUUUAGCACAGAGCGCUACAACUCAGAGGAAGGUGAGGAACGCUUGGGGAAAUGUUCUGCUCGAGUGUUUUUCAAGAAUCAGAAACCCAGACCAGCCAUUAAUGUGACUUGUACGCGGCUCCUUGAGAAACAGAAACGACAGCAAGAGGAUUACCUGCUUUACAAGCAAAUGAAGCAACUCAAAACCCCCUUGGAUGUAGUCAGCAUACCUGAUAGUCAUGGACAUAUUGAUCCCUCUCUAAGACCCAUCUGGGAUUUGGCUUUUCUUGGCAGCUCUUAUGUGAUGUGGGAAAAGACAACCCAGUUUUUACACUACUACUUGGCACAGCUCACUAGUGUGAAGCAAUGGAAAACUGAUGAUGAAAUCGAUUUUGAUUAUACCGUUCUACUUCAUGAAUUCUCAACACAGGAAAUAAUUCCUUGUCGUAUUCACUUGGUCUGGUACCCUGGCAAACCACUUAAAGUGAAGUACCACUGUCAAGAGCUACAGACACCAGAAGAAGCCUCUGGAACUGAAGCAGGAUAGGCUGUGGCACCUACAGAGCUUAAUCAUUUCUAAAAAGAAAAAGUGAUCUGCUUAUACUAAAUUCUAAACAAAAUCACUGUGCUAGACUAAAUCAUUAUUUUACUAAAACAGCUAAGUUAUAGGCAUUCUAAUAACUUGGGAAAGCCUAUGACAAGUAAAUACUACAAAAUUAAAAGAUGUUGGGUUUUUUGUUUGUUUUACAGUUAGUCUGCUUUAGUUUUUAACUGUGGGAGCACAUGCAUACCAAGCUCUGCUCAGUACUAAACAGUCACCAGCAGUUUCCCCAAGGUUUCAGCCCUAAAAUGUAAAAUCCAGUCAAUUAGCAAUGCUUUAACUGGAUCAAUAAGUAUUUAAAAAAACAG